AUGAAAGCUUGUGGCGAUCGCGGUUUGUGGUGGUGGUCGUCGUGGCUUUUGGAAGAAGUGAAGAUCAGCGAGAACUCGGCCCGCACAACAUGUGCAGGCAUCUCUGCAGCUGGUGCUGAGGGAGCGUGGGAAGUGUCAAUGACAUUGAUGUCUGAAGCAGCACUCGCCUUGGUGGAGUUUGAUGUGGCUGUUUACAAUGCUGCCCUCAGUGUGCUGGCAGGCAAUGAUCGGUGGCAGGCGACGCUGCAACUUCGACAGCGUCUCCAAGCAGCUGGACUGAAAGAAACAGCUGGCACUGUGAAUCCAGUGGCAGUGGCAGCCGGCAGAGGGAGCAGUUGGGCAAGUGCUGUGACAGCUUUGGAGGAGGAGCAUUGCCAAGAUGCUGCUGCUUUGGGGGCUGCAAUCACGGCUUCUGCUCAAGGGAGCCAGUGGAUCAGGUGCCUCCAUCUUCUGUCACUGCCGAUGCUUCAGAGUGAGUCUGCUUUAGCAACCUACAAUGCAUUGAUCACAGUUCUGGGAGAGCAGGCCCUUCAUGACAAGACCAUGCAGCUGCUGGGAGAAGCUGUGAAGCUGACACUCAGGCCAAGCAUCGUCACCUUCAAUGCAGCUAUGGACGUCACUUCUGCCAGCGGUUGGCUUGGAGCCGUUGCCUUGCUUGAGGCACUCCGAUCCCAGACCUUGGAGUCGGAUGCAUUCACGUAUUACUAUGCCAUCGGCGCAUGUGAGGGGAGCUCUGCAGCAGCACCGUUCGGAAGAUCUUUGGUGGCAGAGGCUUUACCGAUCCUGGAAAGUCGAGCAGCUCAACUCUUUGGCAGUCGUCUCAUCAUCCUGGAUCAAAUACGGGCGCUGGACUUCUUCACGAGUGCCUUGGAGGAAGCCUACAGAUCUGCGAUCCAACCAGUGGUGGCCAGGUUGCGGCUCUUGUGCGCGCAGAAGACCAGGACGAAUCCCGCAGCAACAAGGCUCAUGGACAAUGUCCUGGCAAAUUUCUUUGGUCUUGAAGGAUCUUUGACUCAAGAGACCUUGCAACUCAUCAGCAACGUCAGCGAGGCGGAUCGCACUUGGGUUGACAGAGGAAGAUGCUUUGCCCGGCACAGCUUACAAGGGAGCAACGCAAUCUUUAGGUGCAAUUGCCGUGAUAAGAUUCGCGCGCAGCGCCGUCUUUGA